UGAUGUUCUGAAUCUGUCACACUUGUUCCCAACAGGGCCGGGGAGCGGCAGCCGACUCACUGGGGAAUCAGAACUGAGGAUCAUCCUCGUCGGUAAGAGUGGAGGUGGGAAAAGUGCAACAGGAAACACCGUCCUUGGGCGGGAGACGUUUAAGUCUGUACUGGCGGCAAAGCCUGUUACGCAGAAUUGUAGUGAAGGCAUCAGGACCUGGAAAGGAAGGAAGGUUGUGGUUAUUGACACGCCUGCUAUUUUUGACACCAAGCCCUCUAAUGAACAAACCACCCAUGAGAUCUGUCGCUGUGUCGCGCUCUCCUCCUCAGGCCCCCAUGCGCUGGUGCUGGUGAUCCAGCUGGGCCGUUUCACUGAGGAAGACCAGCGCGCCGUGAGGAGAGUACAAGAGAUUUUUGGCCCCGAGGCCAUGAAGUACACAAUCGUCUUAUUCACCGGCAGAGAAGACUUACGGAGUGGAACCCUGGAGGAGUAUAUCUCCCACUCGGAUAACAAACAUCUUCUGCAGCUGAUCGAACAGUGUCAGGGCCGAUACUGCGCUUUCAACAAUAAAGCUACAGAGGCGGAACGGGCUGCCCAGGCUGAAGAGCUGAUGACUAAGAUUGCUGAUAUGGUGGAGAGGAAUAAAGACCAUCUGGUGUGUAAAGCACCUGAGAAGCUUCUAAAAGAAGAUGAGACAGAUAAAAGUAAAAAUAAGAUGGGCAAAGUGGAAGAUGAAAUGCAAGUGGAUAGACAGGAAACAGCUCAAGAGGAAGAGCACUCAUCCAUGGAAACAGCAGGGCUGGGGAGCAGCAGCCGACUCACUGGGGAAUCAGCACUGAGGAUCAUCCUCGUCGGUAAGAGUGGAGGUGGGAAAAGUGCAACAGGAAACACCAUCCUUGGGCAGGAGACGUUUAAGUCUGUACUGGCGGCAAAGCCUGUUACGCAGAAUUGUAGUGAAGGCAUCAGGACCUGGAAAGGAAGGAAGGUUGUGGUUAUCGACACGCCUGCUAUUUUUGACACCAAGUGCUCUGGUGAACAAACCACCAAUGAGAUCUGUCGCUGUGUCGCACUCUCCUCCCCAGGCCCCCACGCUCUGGUGCUGGUGACCCAGCUGGGCCGUUUCACUGAGGAAGACCAGCGCGCCGUGAGGAGAGUACAAGAGAUUUUUGGCCCCGAGGCCAUGAAGUACACAAUCAUCUUAUUCACCCGCAGAGAAGACUUAUGGAGUGGAACCCUGGAGGAGUGUAUCUCCUACUUGGGUAACAAACAUCUUCUGCAGCUGCUCGAACAGUGUCAGGGCCGAUACUGCACUUUCAACAAUAAAGCUACAAGGGAUGAACGGGCUGCCUGGGCUGAAAAGCUGCUGACUAAGAUUGCUGAUAUGGUGGAGGAGGAGAAUAAAGACCAACCGUUCUACACUAAUGAGGUGUAUGAAAAGGCUGAGAAGCUUCAAAGGGUAAAAGCCAGGUUUUGUGAGAAAGAUGAAAGACCACGUCGGUGUGAAAUAGAGGAGGCUGAGCUUAGAGAAUGGAUAGAAACACAGAAAUCCUAUGAGAAAAAACAAAAAUCCAAGGUUGAUAAAAAUAAUCCUAAUCCAUGGGGUUUCCUUUUCCCAGUGCCAAGUGUUCUAAUGCCAAAAUGGCUGAAGUUCUGA